UAACUGGUGUUAAUUUUUUUUAAAAAAAUAGACUUUUUUAGCACACAUGAGAAACUUAAAACAAAUCCUUAUUUCCUGAUGAAUAGCCUUUGGGCUAUAAUGUAAUUUAAAUAGAAAACUUAUCUUUAGAAAGCUUCUUCCUCCAAAAGCAUUUUAUUUUAAAAAUCCAAUUUAAAUAAAAAAAUAUUUAAAUUUUAAAAAAUCUUUUUUUUUUUAUCAUUGAUUUUUAUCCACUCUGAGCUAAACCCAACUUGGCUAUGGGAGAGGUUGGCUGUGGUCCUGCGCUGUCAAACCUGAGCAUCAUGAGGAAUUAGAAGGAUCUCACAACCCCAAACAACUUCAUUAAUAAAAUCUGUUGCCCAGGCAUCCUGCAGGAGCUGACUCAUCCUCGGAAGGCAACUGACUAGGCAGGCAUGUCAAACCUGCGGCCCUCCAGAUGUUUUGGCCUACAACUCCCAUGAUCCCUAGCUAGCAGGACCAGUGGUUGGGGAAGAUGGGAAUUGUAGUCCAAACAUCUGGAGGGCCGCAGGUUUGACAUGCCUGGACUAGAGUCCUCUCUAAAGAUGUUUAUGGUUCUAGAACCACUUGGCCCUUCUAUCUUGUUAGGAAAGUCCCUCACACCAUCCCCUAGCAACAAGGUAGCGUGCAUUUAUGAUGCUGGAAGAAUCUGUUUUGGAACACUGGGGAACAGUGCAAAGAGUCAUCAGGAUAAGCCCAUGUAUUUUGGGUCCUCUGAACACGCGUAAGAUGAAGCAACAUAUUUGCACAAGGAAUCAGACCAUCCAAGUGUCAAAAUGAAAAAGGGGUGGUGAAAGGGCUGCCAACCCAACUCCACUGAGAGCACCACUUGCAAGCCUGCAAAUGGCUUCUAGGUCAACAAAGAUGCCUGACAACUUCAAUAUAUAUCAUCUACUCAAGGGUGCCCUUCCCUUGGAGAGUUCGGACGAGGCAAUGGACAGAUCCGACGACGAGACAAACCCCCAAUACCAAGGACUAACUGGUCUGCGGAACUUAGGCAACACCUGCUACAUGAAUGCUGUCAUACAGUGCCUCUGCAGUGUUUCCCCGCUGGUGGAAUAUUUCCUCUCUGGAAAGUAUAUAGCAUCGCUAAACAAGGAGGAUGGAGAGAUAGCGACUGCUUUUGCUUAUUUGAUGAAUGAUAUGUGGCUGGGGGACUUUGACUGCGUGUCCCCAGAGGUGUUCCGCCUGGUCAUUGGUGAGCGAUACCCAGCUUUCAUCAAGAAGACCCAGCAGGAUGCCCAGGAGUUUCUGAUUUAUGUCUUGAAUGAGCUGCAUGAAGCUCUCAAGAAGACAAGUAGGAGAAGAAGCCAGGGGACCUCAUCGUCUGCUUGGGAAUCCAGGGGCUGCAUCAGCGAGUCCUCCAUAAUCACCCGGCUUUUUGAAGGACAUCUCAAUUAUGACAUCAUGUGUUUGGAAUGCCAAACGACGACAUACAAAAACGAGAUCUUCACCGUAUUAUCUCUUCCCAUCCCUUACGAAACUGAAUGUUCGCUAGAGGAAUGCAUUGAAUGCUUCUUUCAGCAAGACAUCUUGACUUGGAACAACCAAAUUAACUGCUCCUGCUGUGGGAUAAAGACAGAUGCUGCUGUGAAAGCCAGCAUAGCGAAGGCGCCAAAAAUAGUUAUCUUCCAUCUAAAGAGGUUUGACUGUCAAGGCAGUUAUAAAAAGAAACUGAAAACCGACAUCUACUACCCAUUAAAUAACCUGGAUUUGUCCUCUUACAUAUAUCCACUCUUUCGGAAAAACCCAAAAUACAGCUUAUUUGCUGUGGUGAACCAUUUUGGAGAUCUGGAUGGUGGCCACUACACUGCGUACUGCAAACACCCCCCCACCCAAAGCUGGUACAACUUUGACGACUCUCAGAUCAGCGAGAUCCCAGACCCUUCUGUGCAAACGUCUGCAGCUUAUCUGCUGUUUUACAGCAGUCAAACUUUCUCUGUGCCGGUAAAAAACCAAAAUGGCUAGGAAACGCACUGAAAACAAUUGCGUACAUAGGAUGCAGCGGCACUGUUAGCAAACUUUCCCUGACCCGGGACGGCCAGGUUUCGAGUCAUCCUUAAGGAAGAGGAACCACAUUUCCUAAUGCCUGCGUUCAGGUUGUACGUGGUAUUUAGAAAUGGGAUUGUGAACAGCUUCUCUCUUCAGCGAAAAGACGGGUGCCAGACAUGAACUCAUUUUCAGUAAGCUUUUGGAGAAAGCAGCAAACCACUAGAUAAAUAAAGUCUUCCUGGGCAGCCAGAGUCUAAAGGAGUGUUGUUUUUUAUUAUUAUUACAGAAUCCAAGAUGAAAUAUAAUUUUAAAUGGGUUAUAUACAUAUGCAUAUAUAUAGCAGACCUUUGAGACCCAGGGAUAUAGACCCACAAGCCUUAAAAGGGGCACAGACACUCAAAACAAGUAUUAUUAAGCUGGACCAAUUAUGGCCCUGUCAGGAGGAGAGCUAAUGACAGCAGGAAGUGACCGCCUUCAUCCACUCAAGUUGUACCCAGUGUAAGGCUCAGGCAACGCAGGGUAACAGUGCCCUCCCCUCCCAUCAUAAUACCACUCUUUGGGAUCUAGAUGGGAUUAUUUUCACAAGGAGUAAGGGAAAGCCAAAAAUCCAAACUUGUCAAGUGUCCAAAACAGGCAAAGAAGUUCUUUAACAGGCCAUCGUAUUUUCAAAUAAUUACUUCAAUAAGUUAUUAAAAAGGAAAAUAUCAAUUCUCUAAUAUACACAUUGUAGGGUGUGUGCAGGUAUCAAUGUCAUAGCUCAAACAAACAAAAAAAUACAGCUGUGCUCUUCCUUAUCUGUAAGAAAAACAAAAGCCACCCCCUUUCUGUUCUAGUGGUUCUCAAAGGACCACAUACCUUUAUUAUAUACAUAGUUUGCAUGUGCAAGUGUGCAAUCAAUAUGUACACAUACAUUCCUACCUGUUUAUAUCAUUCUAAGAUAUUCACAGUAGAAUCAAGCUUAAGGUUAGUGUGAAAAGGCAUAAA